AUGGGUGAUGCCUUUGUGUCAUUUGCAGUUCAAAAACUGGGUGGUUUCCUCAUUCGGGAAAUUAACCUACGUUUAAGUCUAAGAGAGGAUGUGCAGUGGCUCCGAAACGAGCUACUCUUCAUACAGUCUUUCCUCAGAGAUGCAGAACUAAAGCAAUGUGGAGAUCAAAGAGUUCAACAAUGGGUGUUUGAGAUCAAUUCUAUUGCUAAUGAUGUUGUUGCUUUACUCGAGACUUACAGCUUCUAGGCUGGUAGACGUGCUAGUCAGCUCAAGGCUUGCGCUUGCAUAUGUAGGAAGGAGAAGAAAUUAUACAAUGUCUCCAAGGAGAUUCAAUCACUCAAGCAAAGAAUCAUGGAUAUAUCUCGCAAACGAGAUACUUAUGGUAUUACAAAUAUCAACUCAGGAGAUCAAGGGCCAAGUAAUCAGGUUACAACAUUGAGGAGAACUACCUCAUAUGUGGAUGACCACGAUUACAUUUUUGUUGGACUUCAGGAUGUUGUACAAACAUUGCUAGGUCAACUUCUCAAACCAGAGCCGCGGCGAACCGUCCUCUCCAUUUAUGGAAUGGGGGGUUUAGGCAAGACCACUCUUGCCAGAAAACUUUACACCCGUCCUGAUAUACUCAACAGCUUCCAUACACGCGCUUGGAUAUGUGUUUCGCAAGAGUACAACACUGCGGAUCUUCUUAGGAAUAUCAUAAAAUCCAUCCAAGGUCGCACCAAGGAAACUCUAGAUUUGUUGGAAAGGAUGACAGAAGGAGAUCUAGAAAUUUAUCUUCGUGAUCUAUUAAAAGAACGCAAAUACCUUGUGGUGGUUGAUGAUUUAUGGAAGAAAGAAGCAUGGGAGAGUUUGAAGAGAGCAUUCCCAGAUGGCAAGAAUGGCAGCAGAGUCAUUAUUACCACGCGCAAAGAGGAUGUCGCUGAAAGAGCAGAUGACAGAGGUUUUGUUCAUAAACUUCGUUUCCUAAGCCAAGAAGAAAGUUGGGAUCUCUUUUGUAGGAAACUACUUGAUGUUCAAUCAGUGGUUCCAGAAAUGGAAAGUCUAGCUAAGGAUAUGGUGGAAAAGUGUAGAGGCUUACCUCUUGCAAUUGUUGUAUUGAGCGGACUACUUUCGCAUAAAAAGGGGAUAAACGAAUGGAAAAAGGUUAAACAUCACCUUUGGAAGAACAUAAAAGAAGAUAAAUCUAUUGAAAUCUCCAACAUACUGUCAUUAAGCUACAAUGAUUUGUCAAUUGCGCUCAAGCAGUGUUUUCUCUACUUUGGUAUUUUCCCGGAAGAUCAAGUGGUCAAGGUUGAUAACAUAAUACGGUUGUGGAUGGCGGAGGGUUUCAUACCAACAGGAGAAGAAAUGAUGGAGGAUGUCGCUGAAGGCUUCUUGAAUGAGCUGAUAAGACGAAGCUUGGUUCAAGUGGUAGAUACAUUUUGGGAAAGAGUUACUGAAUGUAGGGUUCAUGAUUUACUCCAUGAUCUUGCAAUACAAAAGGCAUUGGAGGUAAACUUCUUUGACAUUUAUGAUCCAAAAAGCCACUCCAUAUCCUCUUUAUAUAUCAGACAUGGCAUUCAUAGUCACGGAGAAAGGUAUCUCUCACUUGAUCUUUCUAAUUUAAAGUUGAGGUCAAUUAUGUUCUUCGAUCGAGAUUUUCGUAAGACGAGUCUUAUAAACUUCAGCAGUGUGUUCCAACAUUUAUAUGUGUUGCACUUGGAUAUGAAUGUUGGGAAUAUGUCUAUAAACGUACCUGAUGCCAUUGGAACUUUGUACCACCUCAAGUUCUUAAGAUUGAGAGGUAUCUAUGAUCUCCCCUCUUCCAUUGGCAACCUUAAGAAUUUACAGACACUUCUUGUCAAUGACUAUGGGUACUUAUGCCAACUACCCCGCGAGACAACUGACCUAAUAAAUCUAAGCCAUUUGGUUGCUCCGUAUACAAAACCUCUGGUACAUAUAAGCAAACUCACAAGUCUUCAAGUUCUUAAAGGCGUUAGUUGUGAUCAGUGGAAAGAUGUUGACCCUAUUGAUUUAGUCAAUCUUCGAGAAUUAAGUAUGCACUAUAUUGACAAAUCUUACUCCCUAAACAACAUUAGCAACUUGAAAAACCUUAGCACUCUCAGAUUGUCGGGUGGGUAUGGCAACUCAUCUCCGUUCCCAUCCCUUGAAUUUCUUAAUUGUUGUGAAAAGCUCCAGAAAUUGUGGUUAAGAGGGAGAAUAGAGAAACUGUCUCAUCUGUUUCCGAGUUCCAUCACAAUGAUGGUUCUAUGGGACUCAUUACUGAGAGAAGAUCCGAUGCGUAUUUUGGGAAUGCUGCCAAACCUAAGGAAUCUUGAUUUGGUUAGAGCUUAUGAAGGAACACAACUAAUGUGCAGUGAUAACAGCUUCAGUCAACUACAGUUUCUUAUUCUUUAUGAUCUCGAGAAGCUAGAAAGAUUGUAUCUUGGCACGAAUGCCAUGCCUCUGAUUAAAGGUCUUGGUAUCCAUGAUUGUCGAAAUUUAAAGGACAUUCCUGAGAGAAUGAAAGACGUGGACCUAUUGAAGAGGAAUUAUUAUAAGUGGUGAAGCUUUUCAAGUAUUUUUUUUGUACUAGUUUCCGGAUACGAGCUUCACGCGUGUAA